AUGUCGAAAGAAAUGCUUUUAGUUUCUAACUUGAUCGUGAUCGCACCGGUUCUACGAGUGUACGAGUCGAAUAUGAGGUUUAUGGACAUUGUAAAAGAAUAUCUCAUAAACUCCACGUUUCAUGGUGUGAAAUUUAUUGCGGAUGAUUCCUACCAUGCAACAGAACGCAUAUUCUGGAUAGUGUGUGUUAUUAUAUCCUGGGUUGGUUCCGCAUUUCUCAUUGAUGCCUCGCUGGAAGCAUUCCAAACCAGUGCCAUAUCGUUCGUGGUGGAAACAAGCUAUCGCGAUUGGAACACACGCUUUCCUUCGAUUGUCGUGUGCGAAAUGCGCAAUAUGGAACGCAUUCAGGCAAUUGCCGAUAGACUUUGGGGUGAAGAUCACGAUUUCGCGAUGGAAGAGGUUUUGAACGAGAUUGGAUACUUUCGGGGCGAAUCGUACCAUACGGUGAACGAAUGUGCCGGUGACGAUAUGGCGGAGAACUGCUUUUUCGACAACUUUACCGCGUACGCAGAUCUGGUGCGGAGUACGUGCAUGGAAACGCUUGAGGAUUGCUACUGGAACGAUAAACCGUUCGACUGCUGCCGAUACUUUCAACCGAUGGAAACCGAGCUGGGUCUUUGCUAUGCGGUCAAUUCGUUGCAAACCAGCGCUAAGCAUCCGAUCAAGCUGAACAUGAUAUCGAACAAACAUACGGGACCGGGCAAGCUGACCAUUACGGUGCUUACCGAGGCGUACGUGUACACGAUCGGUGAAGAGGAGGUGCCCAACUUGAUCACACCCAAGUCGGACGUGCUGCUGGUCGAUCACUACAUUGCCUACAAGCGCCACAUAUCGAUAAAGGAUAUUGAGAAUGAUCCGGAGGCGAAGCAGGUUAGCGUAUCGCAGCGCAAGUGUCGCUUUCCGGACGAGAACAAUCUGAACGUGCAUCGGUACUACAGCUACAGUGCAUGCUCGGUCCAGUGCCGUAAGGACAAGCAGUUGAAAAUUUGCAACUGCACAAGCCAUCUAAUGCCCAACACGGAUCCUUACGUCAAAUGCAACAUGUCUGGUUUGAUCUGUCUCAAUGAUCAUUACGAAGAUCUUACCAUUGUAAUACCCAAAUGGUCGGUAGGACGCCGAGGUGUCGUCUGCGAUUGUCUGCCAUCGUGUACCGAGGUGGACAUAGGCAUUGUGCAUGAUUCCCGCGAAAGCAUAUUUGAUUCGGAUCGCCGCUACUCGACAAUAGAGAUACAGCUGUCCGCUUUACCAACGGAGCGCUACAAGCGGAACGUGGUCCGUGGAAGGCUCGAUUUAGUUGUAUCUGUCGGGGGCACAACUGGACUAUUUGUCGGAGCAAGCUUACUGUCUUUUGUGGAAAUUUUCUAUUACUUCACCAUACGCCCAUACGGAACGCGGUAUUUAACGAAUGUGCACCAGGAUAACUUAAGUCCGAGGAAAAUUGUAGCACCCUACAAAGUUGAAACUAAUUGAUGAGGUCACUUUAAUACGGAAAAAGGAUAAUAAAUGUUUAAUAUGUAUAAAAAAAUGCUUCCAUCUGGCACGGAUUCUAUGUCACACGUUAUAGCUGUGACAACAUCAUAUGCUUUUUUCUUCAGAUAAACAUCUGCCGUCGUGUCCGCUUGUGGUGUAACCGUAAAGUUGAAGGCAAGUUCCCGAUUGCUAAGUGCAUCCAGGUGUUUGGCUGAUGAAGCGUACAUUCCGUGCCACACACGCACACUCGCUGUUAUCGGGUUUAAGUACAUUUGCGAAGAAUCCCUGGACAAUUCUACAAUCAAGAUUGUGAGUGAGGGCUUACCUGGUAUUAAUUGACCAGCACCGGUUAGAUAAAGGUACAGCAAUAGGUUCACUUGCACUAAGCUGAUACCGGGUCACUGAUAGACAACAACCGACAACCGGCCAAACGAUUACUGGUAAUAAAGUACUGCGCGUCAGGUGCACGUGUACUGUGUCAUCGUUAGCCCAAAAUGCUACGACGAUAUUGACACACCUGGCCAGGACAGCCUUCCGUUUCCCGUGAAACACAAAACAUACCUUUCGCAGCCGGUGAUCAAUCGAUUGGACUUUGUUGUUCCGUGAUAGAGCAUGCCGGGCUGUUAUCUAUGGCUGUGGUUUGGUGGUUAGUGCAAGUGGUACCAAAAAAAAAAAACGAAAGGCGAUAGAUAACGAACGCGUUGAGUACUCUUACACUUAAAGGUGUGUGGUACGUUGUUUCAGAAUGCAUGCGUCAUGUAACCUAUAUAAAAAAGUGAGAUAUUUCUACUCGACCGGAACAGUGCAGGUGUACCUGUACCCAUAUCUCUGCACAUGCUCUAUGUCAUUUGCUACUCAUUCUUACAAAUCCAACCCAUGUUUGCUCCAGCCAGGUGUUUACUCACUUUCUUAUCAGGGCAUUACGACCUCUUUGAAGUAUUGGCCAAGUGGCAGGUGUGUAAGAGACACGGCCUACGGCUGAAUAUCUACCGCUAUAGUACUCUUUUAAGGUGAUCCUUUUUUGUGCGUACUUUACAGAGCUCAUCAUUGAUUAUUUUGAUAUGAUAAAUGCAAUUGUUGAAAAACCUUUUUGCUUCUUUCAUUGUUACAUUCCACAGUAAAUAGUCUACAUAAAUAGUGUACGUUUUGCAUGUUAUUUAUUAGACUCUAGUUAAUAGAGAUGAUACAAUAAAAUAGUAAGAAUUUCUAAGUGAUGAAUGUUUACUGUUGAUCGGUUUUAUGCAUUGUGUAGUAAUAACUAAGGUUCAAUUAUAUGCUAAAAUGAAAUUUAUUUAAUCAUCACAUAAAUCUCUCUUUUAUGUUUUUACUCUACACAGUGCUCCUUAGGCCAAUUAGGGUUUUUA